GAGCUCAGCCGUUGAAAGGAUCCGUUAAAAGGAGCCAUUAGGAGCAGACAUGCCUGAUAUGGAGUAUUCCGAUACUUUCCCCUCCAGGAAGAUCCUUAAGCCUGUGGUGGAAAAGCAGAGAAGGGACCGGAUCAACCGGAGCCUGGAGGAGAUGAGGGUCUUGUUACUGAAACUCACUGGGAAUCAGAAACUUCAAAAUCCCAAAAUGGAGAAAGCUGAAAUUUUGGAAUUGGCCGUGAUUUACAUCAGAAACGUGACGCACAUGAAAACACAUGAUGCCAGUCAGUGGGUAUCCCCAGCAGAGAAGCUGUACCUCUCGGGCUUCCGUGAGUGCCUGGAUCGCACCGAAGACUUCAUCAGCGAGAUCAGCCCCAAGGCCAGGGCCGUGUUCCUGGACAAUCUACAGACCCACCUCCAGCAGCGGCUGCACUUCCCCACGCAAGUCGGCCUCGGGGGGCCGGGCAGGGACCACGAAGAAGACUUGAUGUCCAGCGGCAAUGGACUCUCCCCCAUCAUGGACUAUUCCAUCUCCAGGGAUGACCUGAGCCUCUGCACCCCGCCCAGUUCCCUCAGCUCUGAGAGUGGAAGCCCCCAGCAAUGGCUGCCGGCCAGCCCCCCGAACCAGCACGAACAGGCGCCGUUCUACAUAUGGAGACCAUGGCCGUGACGCUUGGUAGUUAAUGUUCUUUGCUUAUAAUGAAUAUAUGACGUGUGUUGGUAUAUACAGUAUCUGUAUGGCUAUCCGUGUAUGUUGUGCAUAUGUGACCAAUCCCGCGCUUGGGCGGGUGAAUAUAUUGCUGUUAUACAGUAUUUGUGUAUUUAUAACUUUUUUUUUUUUUUUAAAUAAAACCUUUCUUUGUUUUUAUACA